UGCGCCACUGAAAUCUCGCGUUGUGAUUGGUUGCUGUGGAGGCUGCGGGUAUAUAUAAAGCCCAGAUCAGCUGAUGCCGUCUCUUCUAGCUGAAUUUGGCGGGAGAACGACGGUGGAUCUGCACUUAGAAACUCAUUAUAACACCACCACCACCAUGACCUGCACCCCCAUUGACCUGACCCGACCCCUGGAGGAGGAUGACCCUGAGCUCUGUGACAUCAUUAAGAAGGAGAAGAAGCGGCAGUUCCUUGGUUUAGAAAUGAUUGCUUCAGAAAAUUUUACGUCUCGAGCUGUAAACGACUGUCUUUCAUCUUGCCUCACCAACAAGUACUCAGAAGGAAUGGUGGGCCAGAGGUAUUACGGUGGAAACGAAUAUGUGGAUGAAGUUGAGAAGCUCUGUCAAAAGCGGUCCGUUGCAGCCUUCCACUUGAAUCCGGAACAGUGGGGAGUCAAUGUACAACCUUACUCCGGAUCGCCCGCUAAUUUUGCCGUCUAUACUGCCCUUGUGGAACCCCAUGGAAGGAUUAUGGGCCUUGACCUACCCGAUGGAGGCCACUUGACCCACGGCUUUUACACGGCGACCAAAAAGGUUUCAGCAACAUCGAUCUUUUUUGAAUCUAUGCCUUACAAGAUCGACCCAGCCAAAGAACUGAUCGAUUAUGACAAGUUGGAGGAAACUGCCAGGCUUUUUAAACCAAAAAUGAUCAUUGCAGGAGUGAGUUGUUACCCUCGCCAUCUUGACUACAGAAGGUUCCGAGAAAUCUGUGAUCAGAACGGAGCGCUUCUAUUGGCUGAUAUGUCCCACGUCAGCGGAUUGGUCGCCGCCAAGUUGACCUCUGACCCCUUCGAGUACUGUGAUGUUGUUACUACCACUACCCACAAGACCCUGAGGGGACCUAGAAGUGGAGUCAUCUUCUACAGGAGAGGCCAGAAGGGGACAGACAAGGCAGGUAACCCCAUUUUCUAUGACUAUGAAGACAAGAUCAACCAGGCAGUAUUCCCAGGACUGCAGGGGGGACCGCACAACCACCAGAUUGCCGGCAUUGCUGUGGCCAUGAGGCAGGACCCUCCAGCCUUUACAGAGUACCAGAAGCAGGUGAUCAGCAAUGCCAAGGCUCUAGCGGAGGGGCUGAUGGGGGCUGGUUACAAGGUCGUUACAGGGGGCACUGACAAUCACCUCGUUUGGCUUGACCUUCGACCUGCUGGCCUCUCUGGGGGCAAGGCAGAGAGGGUGCUAGAGGAGGUCGCCAUCUCCGUCAACAAAAAUACAGUGCCAGGGGACAAGUCGGCACUCAACCCCAGUGGCCUCAGGAUUGGCACUCCAGCACUAACAACAAGAGGGAUGAAGGAGGAAGACAUGAAGAAGAUCGUAGCCUUCAUGGACGAGGCCUUUCGCCUAGCUAAAGACGUCCAGAUCAAGAGUGGUCCAAAAUUAGUCGACUUCAAACGGAUUCUGACCAGCAACGAGUUUAAAGGUCAAAUUGGUGACCUUAAGGGACGGAUCGAGGGUUACGCCGGCCAGUUCCCCCUCCCUGGACGACCUGACCUUUGAAUCUGACCCCUCGUGACCUUGUAGGGGCCUGGAGUGUGCGUCUAUGCAUGUGUUUGUGUUUGGGUCUUUUCAAUUUUGGAAUAGUCAUGAAAUUUGUUUAUGUCUGUCUGUCUGUUUGUCUCUCUUGCUCUCUCUCUCUCUCUCUCUCUCUCUCUCUCUCUCUCUCAGCAACACAUUUACCAAUUAAAGCAUUUUUUUCCAAUUUAAA